CUGGCUGUAAAUAAUUUAUUCGAGUGUUGAUAAAUUAGUUUAAAAAAAAAUGGAAAGAAUGCGACAAGCCGUCGGUAAGGUAAAUUUCCUAUUAAAGAGUUUCAUGAAUCCACCGCAAUGCGUCUAUCUCGAAUAGAAUACUCGAGGGUCAAGCGAGAGAUCGAUUCAGUAUGUUCAUGGAAACCAGUGAGAGGACUUCAUUGCGCAGGCUUAACCGUAAUGGCUUUGUGCUGUCAAAAUAUGAUAUGAUUGUUCCUGUAUUCGGUCACGAUGCAUCGCGUACUGUCUUAGUGAUUAGAUUAAACGUUAAAACGUGAUUGUCACCGAGCUUUCUAAUCGCAUUCGAGACAAGAUCGAUUCGACGAGUGUGUAUAAAAAAAGAGCGCGUGUUGACAGUGUGAAUCCUGGAAAGCAAACAAUGGAUCAAUACUUUGCGGAGGAGGGUAACAUGCGGAUACGACGAAAAAUCGUCGGUUUAUUGUAACGCUUUUUCGUAACCUGGGACCUUAUCGUGCCUGAAAGCUUGAAAAGGUGUGAUCAGCUGCCAAUAUGGAUAAAGCAGACAAUCAAGUGAAAACCUGGAAAAAGAAAAGUAUGAAGUCGAAUACAUCGGCGGAGGUGAUGACCCAGUGCGUCCAGGUCGUCGUACGAUGUCGGCCGAUGGACGAGAAGGAAACAGCUCGCGGUUACACGCGCGUGGUCGACGUGUUUCCAACGAGGGGAGUGGUCGAGAUUCGCCAUCCACGAGACGAUCCAUCUAGCGAUAAUGUGAAAGUCUUCACGUUCGACGCAGUCUACGACUGGAAUUCCAGCCAAUUGGACUUGUACGAGGAGACGGUUAGACCAUUGGUGUCGUCUGUUCUUGACGGUUUUAACGGCACUAUAUUCGCUUACGGGCAAACUGGCACUGGGAAAACGUACACCAUGGAGGGCACCAAGAACGACUAUGAGAGACGUGGCGUGAUACCACGGUCCUUCGAGCAUAUUUUCAAUCACAUAGGCAGAUCGGAGAAUAUGCAGUACUUGGUACGAGCUAGUUACUUAGAAAUUUAUCAGGAGGAGAUUCGCGAUCUCCUGCAGCCCGAUCAAACUCUUCGAUUCGAGUUGAAGGAGAAACCAGACACGGGGGUAUUCGUCAAGGAUCUCUCUACUUCUGUGUGCAAGAGUGCUGGAGAGAUACAGCAGCUGAUGAACACGGGGAACCAGAACAGAACGAUCGGCGCGACGAACAUGAACGAGCACAGCUCGCGGUCCCACGCGAUAUUUCUGGUUACCAUCGAGAUGGGAUCCAUGGGCGACACAGGUGGGAUAAGAGUGGGUCGUCUGAACCUGGUCGAUCUGGCUGGUAGCGAGAGACAGAGCAAAACUGGGGCUUCUGGCGAAAGACUCAAGGAAGCGAGCAAGAUCAACCUGAGUCUCUCGGCGUUAGGUAACGUGAUCUCGGCUUUGGUGGACGGGAAAACCACCCACGUGCCCUACAGAGAUUCCAAGCUCACUCGACUACUGCAAGACUCUCUGGGUGGGAAUUCUAAAACCAUCAUGGUCGCGAAUAUCGGCCCAGCGAGUUAUAAUUACGACGAGACUCUGACGACGUUAAGGUACGCGAAUCGCGCCAAGAAUAUAAAGAACAAGCCUAAGAUAAACGAGGAUCCAAAGGAUGCUCUUUUGAGACAGUAUCAGGAAGAAAUCGGUCGACUGAAGGAGAAGUUGGCUCAGAAGGGCACGGUGCCGAAGCGGAAGAAGAAGUCUAAGAGGAAGAAGGAGGGCGAUGAUUCGGAAUCGGAGACGGAGGAUAGUCGCUGCGAGGACAACAAAAUCGAAACGGACAAGAAGCUGAUCGCGGAACAAUUGAAAGCGGAGAAACAAGAAACGGAGAAUCUUGUAUUGAGAAUAAAGGACUUGGAGAGCAAGAUGCUCUGCGGAGGCAAGAACAUCAUCGACCACACGAACGAGCAGCAAAGAUCCUUGGAACAGAAGGCGGCAGAAAUUGCCGAGCGAAAGAAACGGGAGGUGGAGAUGCAACAGAAGUUAGAGGCAGAGGAGCUAACGAUGGUGGGCGUGAAGGAAACCUACACGAAUCUGCAGCAAGAGGUGGACGUAAAAUCGAGGAAGCUUAGGAAAUGUUUCACUAAGCUGCAGGUUCUGAAGCAGGAACUCGAAGAUGUGACCAACGAUUUCAACAGAGACAGAAGGGAUCUGGAACAGACCCAACACGAACUGAUGAAGGAGUUGAAACUAAAGUAUUUAAUAAUUGAAAAUUUCAUUCCCGAGGAAGAGAAGAAUAAAAUUUUGUCGAGAAUUCAUCUCGACGAGGAGGAGGACUGUUGGAUGGUCAAAGACCCAGAGCCAUCCGGCAUGGACUCGAUAAAGAGGCCCACGUCGAUUCCUGGCGCUCGUAGACCGGUUUCCGAGUAUGCGCGAAUUGCUUUGGCCAUGGGCAGAGGUUGUCGUUACGCUGGCGAAAAUAUAUUGAAUCUAGACCUUGACAUGCCAGCGAGGACAACCUUGGACUACCAGGGACCUACCAUCGCUCCCACGAUUCAAGCUGUCCUCGAAGAAGCGUUGCGCGACGAAGGUGACAUUGACGUAGACGCUUCCAGCGCGAAACUCAGGUCAAAGCCACGAUUACAAUCCGCGAAGAUACGACCUAAGAGCGUUGGUAAGAUCCAACAGAUCCCACCGCCCGUUUACCCAAAGACGAGAGGACUCGUGCCCAAGUAGGAAAUUUGAAUACGUUCUACGUCUGUAAAGCAAAUUGUAAAUAUUGUAUGAAUUGCGGCCUGGGCUGUAUUUGAUUAAUUUAUAUAGUUCGUUGUGAUAUACGCCACAUGGUACUGCGUGUAUCGAUAAGUGCGACAUAGUUCGAGAAUCUUUCUAACUAUCUAGUCAAUGUGUACUAUGCAACCGCGUAUUAAUAUAUCGACUAUUUCAAUAUUGUAUUAAUAAAAUAAACAGAAUAAACGAUCUGUGAAGAGUAUAAGCGAAUAAGCGUGGACGAAGAGCUCUUUAACCGAUUUGGGCUCGAUACGACUAUACGUUAGGUCUUCAUAGAGAAAUGAACCAAGUUUUUACACACUAGCUUUAUUAUACUGAUAGCAACGGCAGGGGAACGUGAUUUUCCUCUAUUAUAUCUUUAAUUUGAGAUUAAUUUUCUUGUUAACAGAAAUAAUGGUCGAUGAAAAUAAGACUACUCUCCGCUUGAAAAGUAAUAUCAAGAGCAGCGCUCAAUAGUAAAAAAUUCAAUUGGCUACUCCAAGUUGACCGGUAUUUCUGUGCUGCCGAGUACUGUUCACGCACAGCUGCAAUAAUUUAUUACCUGUCGCAUGCUCGAUAUCUCGCAAGAAUUAUACGGCCCGCGGAGAUGAAUAUUAAACAAAAUCUUCGAAGCCGAACAAACGAAUCCUAUAAUUAAUGACGACAGUGAUAAAGGCUGAAGAUACAUGUUACCAAAGGUAAGAUAUUUAAGAACAAGUUAUUCGUAUGAUAAAUUUAAAUUAAUUUUGGAGCAUCUUUUACACGCUUGUUCGCCUAUACCCUUAAAAUUUGCAACUUGUUCUUAAAGGCUGGCACUCAUGUAUGUAACUUUAACAUAUGCUAAAAUGAAAAGCAUGGGGCAUAGAAUAAAAUGAUUCGUUUAUGUAUGAUUUUUUAUACAGUUAAACUUAUUAUUAAUUUAAUUCUAUUAUUAUUAUUAUCAGAUAUUAAGAAACAUGUUCCUUGGUAUGUUCAUAGUUUCUCUGAAAGAUGAAAAACUAAUACGCUUAUAAGUAUUUACAAAUGAAGGUUAUUCUUUACUCGUCCAAUAGAUUUGGAACAUUUUUUUUUUUUU